AUUCACUUUCUAAUGCGUCGACAGGACCAGCUGAUUACACCUGGCGAGCAGUGAAAACUGUCUAUGCACCAUAAUUCGCGGCACAGUAAAAUAAAUAAAAAUUCUAAACCAAGAGCGCAACAUCGCGAGACUUCCUGGAAUGCUUGCCAAACAGACUUUGUCAGGGUUUGGGGUUUGAAAAGUCAAUGAGAGAAGUAAAAAAAAAAAAUCUUCCUCAGUAGUUCAUUUUCUAGAAAUCAAAAGGCACGAAGUAGAUUCGAGGUAACGUCUUUAGUAUUUGAACAUGUUAUUACUCCAACCUCGUGAAAGUGACAAACAUACAUUUUUCAUUUUUGUCAAACAGCUUUAGUCCAGAGUGUCUGAGUUGAUGGCUUGCACAUGCGCGAUACGACCGUUAGACAAGAUGACGUGUUACUUACGCAUGAGUUUAGCUAUCCAACGUCGCCAUGACAUCGCCUAUAAGUGAUUUGGAAUUUCGAUGGGCUAAAACUGCUUUUCCAAUCUUCAUACUGUAGCCUACUGUCUUGGGUAAUCUGUUUCACAUCUUACCUCAUAACGUGCAAGGAGUCGUCUGUCUGCGGUAAGAUCAUGGAGCUGCUUGGUCAGAACAAGAUUGACCAUCACCAGCGCCAGGUGGCCAUUCUCAGCCAAGACAGCUUCUACAGGGUCCUCACACCGGACCAGAAGGCCAAGGCACUGAAGGGGCAGUUCAACUUCGACCACCCAGAUGCAUUUGACAAUGAGCUCAUCGUCAAAACGUUGUGGGACAUUUUGGAGGGCCAAACAGUGCAGAUCCCAGUGUAUGACUUUGUCACCCAUUCCAGGAAGGAAGAAGCGGUGACGGUGUACCCAGCAGAUGUGGUGCUGUUCGAGGGCAUCCUGAUGUUCUACUCCCAGGAGAUCAGGGACCUGUUCCAGAUGAAGCUGUUUGUGGACACAGAUGCAGACACACGGCUCUCACGCAGGGUGCUCCGAGACAUCAGCGAGCGUGGAAGGGACCUGGAGCAGGUGUUAACGCAAUACAUCACCUUUGUUAAGCCCGCCUUUGAAGAGUUCUGUCUGCCAACCAAGAAGUGUGCUGACGUGAUCAUUCCCAGAGGAGCAGAUAAUCUUGUUGCCAUAAACCUUAUAGUUCAGCACAUCCAGGACAUUCUGAACGGUGGUCUGACCAAACGCCUGAAUGGCAGCCUUAACGGUUACGGAACUCCCCGGAAACGACAGGUGUCAGAGUCCAGCAGUCGGCCCCACUAACUGCACCGGCCCUCUCUGAACACCAGGGAGCUAGGGAUCGAUGGAGGAGGGCUCAUCUGUACAUACCUGUCUGCUACACUGUAUUUAAAAAAAUAAUAAUAAUAAUAAUUUCUCUAGCAAGAAUAUGCAAUGCCUUCAUUUGAUUCGUUUUUUUUCACUGGAUGAUGAAAUGUUUUGUAACGGAGGAAGAGGAUUAGCUCUUCGAUUUUGAACGGUUUCAGUUCAAAGGUGAAGCAGUUAUUUUAUUUAUGUAUUUUUAUUUGAUAUUCUGGCCCCUUUUGAGCUUGCAGAUGUUAAUAAAUGAGGAGGAAGUUGGGUUGAUCUUGAGCCCUUGCUGUGCGUUCAGUGGUCAGUGCAUUUUGAUUGGUCAUGUUGUCUGUCUUUCUGUACUGUUGGUUUGGAAUGGAAGGAAGGACGUGUGACAGAUUUUAUUUGUUACUGAGGGAACUCUGAGAGACACACACACUACAUGUUCUUGGAAACGAUCCAAGAACUGAGAUGCAAAACUGAAUGCAAUUCACCUCUGUAGACUCCAAUUUAGCAAUUAUUUGAUUAACUGACGUACAUGUACCUGAGAGCACUAAUCAUGUUUGACAUGGUAUAGGAUACCACUUCUCACAUUCCUUUACUCUGCUACCACCCUUUAUCAUUUGCCUCAGUGUUACAAGCCUACUCUUGAGCUAGUGAAAGAAAUUCUCAGGCCCUUCACAGAUUAUCUGCCUUUGCUCACCAAUUCAGCGGCUCAAAGCAACUUAAUGUUUUCUCCAUCUGAAAAAAAAAACAGAACUACUUGACUUCACAAAUCAAAGCAGUGUUCUUAGUUUGUACAUAGUGUAGUAUUAUUUACCCUCUUGAUGUUGCUCUUUUUCAAUCAUUUUUCAGUGUUUUCACAGUAUUUGCUUGUUACCAUGCAUCUUGGAACAAACAACCUAAAUUUGAGGACAUAACAGAUUGAUUUGUCUUUUUCAAUCUUUACCUCGACCAGUUUUGUGUAAGGUGGCUGACAACCCAACCAAAUAAAUAAACCGCGUUCUAUACUUGGCCACAUGGCCCCCCUGAAAACCUUACACGGUAGUUUGUAAUGCCCCCAUGUCAAUUGAAUUCUUUGGGGCUUCAACUUGUAACUUUUUUUAUUUAAUAAAAAAAGCUCAUGCUCUUGAAGGAUGAGAUCACUUGAA